UCCAAUGAAAUUAUGCAGGAGCGCUUAAACCCCUUCUCCAAUUCGGGUCCACGGUCCACCUCCCAGGCGAAUGACCUGCAUAGCGACCCACUCUCACCACCCACUGACAACGCAUGGCAUAGGUUUGGCCGAACCUGUCAUUACGCUCGUCAGAAGCGUUCGCAUCCUUUCGUCAACUUCACCUGGGCUGAUCCGUCUCAAAACCUUGACCCAAAUCUUUCCACGUCGCCGCAGCACCACUAGCUUUGGGGAGUCGCAAUGUCGAAACCUCGCACGAGCACCAAGUCUUCCCACAAGGGUCUCACACUCGCUAGAGCGCUGGAGAAAGCACAGAUCGCCGUUCAGCGGGACGAAGACGGGAACUUCAGAGGAGCCUUGUCCUCAUAUCGAAGCGCCAGGGAACUGCUCAGCAAAGCGAAGAAGCGCGUUUCUUGCGAAGAGGAUGCUGCGAGACUCGAUGCGAUUGCCGAAAUCUACGACAACAGGAUUAGAGAGCUGCGCGAGGCGAUCAACAAUGAGCCGCGAGAUGAGAGUGACGACUCCUCUGACCAAGAUCGGACCCCUAAGAUACCCAAGCCUUGCACGGGCAACGCUUCUCCACUCCGGAUUCAGCGACGGACAUCCGGCGAUUCAACCACUUCUCGGCACUGCGUGCAGUCUGUGCGCCCCGAAAGGCGCGAUUCUCAUCAGCAAUGGCCUUUGACGCCAGAGUUUGAGAUGAAAGCGACAAUGGAACGGUACUCGGUUCGCAGCCUACCCGCGCCGCCAGCAAAGUCAACUCCGAGGCUGUCGCAACGCUUCGACAAUUCCCGUAUAGAUGAUGACACAGUACAGGUGCUUGACCUUUUGGAAAGCGGCUGGUGGGAGGAUCUCAUCGAGGGACGAUCUCGUUGGUCGAUGAGUAGCGAUCGGACGCUGGUAGCGUCCCCUGGCGCAUAUCUCAAGGAGUACAGGGCCAAGAGUGAGAGCUUUGCACGACGAAGGAAUCGAGCAGAGUCUCCAACUGACAGCAUAUCCUUCUGGUCACCACCUGCCACGCCACAACGGCAAGCCUUUGGAGGACGACUGGGCUAGAAACCUGGAAGGUAUAUGUCUCAGAGGAGAGUUCAAGACUCAGGUAUGGACAAUAUGUCCAUGGCACUGACAUUUAAGUUGUACAUUACGCUUGUCAAUAACCCAUCGCGCUCGUCAAGACAUCGAAAGUCGCAUUUAAAAUUUAUGCAUCCCCUUCA